AUGAAGAAAAACGCGUCGCUCACGACGUCGUGCUCCGCGUCGACCUCACAGCAACGCGACCGCUCACUGGACGCCGACAAUGAUGCGUCCAUCCACCCGCACGGGGCCAAUGCGGACGGGCCGCAGCACGACAUGUUUGGUGAUUGGAACCUUAACGCCCUCAUGAUGUUCAUGUUGCUGCUACACUUCAUGCAGUACGCUAUGCGCCAGCCUUGUGGGUGCUGA